UGCCAGAGGUGAUUCUGCUUUCUGUUUUCUGUUUCUCAAGUGCGGUCCGUCGUCGGUACCCCCCACAAAAAAAUUAUUAAAUAAAUAAAUACAAUAAAACAAAAGACAACUCCUACUCGCCAAAAUGAAGAAGUUUCUCGUGGUGUUCGUGGCAUUAUUCGGAGCCGCUGUGGCCCAAAGUAGCUUUAAAUGUCCCGAUGAUUUCGGAUUCUAUCCCCACGACACGUCGUGCGACAAAUACUGGAAGUGUGACAACGGUGUCUCCGAUCUGAAGACCUGCGGCAAUGGUCUGGCCUUUGAUGCCACAGACUCCAAAUACCUCACCGAGAACUGUGACUAUCUGCACAAUGUGGAUUGCGGCGAUCGCACAGAGCUGGAACCCCCAAUUACCACUCCUCAUUGCUCCCGCCUGUAUGGCAUCUUCCCCGAUGAGAACAAGUGCGAUGUCUUCUGGAACUGCUGGAACGGCGAACCCUCCAGAUAUCAGUGCUCCCCCGGACUGGCCUACGAUCGUGAUGCUCGCGUCUGCAUGUGGGCUGACCAGGUGCCCGAGUGCAAGAACGAAGAGGUGGCCAAUGGAUUCUCCUGCCCUGCCGCCGGUGAGCUGGCCAAUGCUGGCUCCUUCUCCCGCCAUGCUCAUCCCGAGGAUUGCCGCAAAUACUACAUCUGCCUGGAGGGUGUGGCCCGCGAGUACGGAUGCCCCAUUGGCACUGUGUUCAAGAUUGGCGACAGUGAUGGCACUGGCAACUGCGAGGAUCCCGAGGAUGUUCCCGGAUGCGAGGAUUACUAUGGCGAUGUAGACCUGAAGGCUUUGAAAAAAUUGGGCUAUUAAAAGUACACACACACACAUACUUUACACACACAUACAUCAUGGCAGUUUUUGGGGGCUGAAAGUCAAGAAGAAGAAGAAGAAGAGAGAGGCGACACAAGGAGCCAAAGGAUGGAGGAAGGAUCAGGAGAAAACCACAAUAACAGUGGGCUUAAAAUGCUUGCCAAACACAGACACAGAUACAAACACCACUAAGGAAAAAAUAUUCAAGAAUAUGCCUGACUUUAAAUACUUAGAUUCAGAUUAACUUAUACGACUCUAAAGCUCCUAAACAGCAAAUAUUAAUUAUGUACAAAUUUAAUUUGAAACCUAAAAGUCAGCGAGUCAAGCAUAUAAAAGACCACAGCAUUGUUUUAAGUGUACCACAAGCAUUGAGCAUAAAGUAUGAACACAAAAUACAUAAGAAUCGUACAGUUUACUUUAAAGACUGAGCACCGAAUAACCCCCAAACCAAUAGCCCAGUGAGAAAAUAGUCGCACAUAUCUUAAAGUUGAAGAAACAACUGAGAUUAGCUCCGGAUCGAAGAAGAACUCCGAGAUACCUUUUCUGAAGGCGGCAAAUUCCGCUUAAGUCAAAUUUAACUUAUUUAACUAAAUACUCAAGAAACCACACUCCACACAAACACACACACUCUCUAUUGUAUAACUUUCAAUGUACAUAUCUAGAUGCAGUUUAGCUUUUAAGUUAACAUUUAUGUAAAUGCGAAAUAAAAUGAAAAUUUUUGUUUAAACCUAAA